AUGUAUAUAGUGCUGUUAAAACUGCACAUAAGGCUUAGCUUGUCCUUGUUACUUGUGCAAGUUCUCGCGCUAUUUAUUUGGACAUCGCCACUGGUUAUUUUGGUGAUGCAUGCGUUAAUGUCCUACGAAGAUUUUUUUAACAGAAAAGGUGCACCUACUUUAAUUAAUUCGGACAAUGGAUCAAACUUUACUAGUACUCUAGAAUUUGCUAGUGCACAUGGCACCCAAUGGACUUUUAACGUCGAAGCCGCCCACUGGCAGGAUGGGUUUUUCGAGAGGCUGGUUCAGUCAGUAAAACGAUGUUUACGAAAAUGCUCGGGUAAAUAUUUUGUAAAUUACGAAGAGCUUUUGACCUUUCUUGCGGAAAUUGAAAGGAUACUAAAUAAUCGCCCUUUAACAUUUUUUAACGACGACGUGAAUGAAAGAAAUCUUAACGCCCAGUGGUUAAACGAAUAUGUUGUGAAUUUACGUGAAACACAUAAACAUUGUAUACAGUCCUCUAAAAACGUUAUUUCUGUGAACGAUAUCGUAUUGAUUGAUGACAAUAGACACAAACGGUCAUUUUGGAAACUUGGAAAAGUAAUUGCAUUAAUAACCGGUAAAGACAAUAAUGUACGAGCUGCAAAAGUCGAGUAUGUGACGAACAAUUUUGUACGAUCUCUAAACAGACCGGUAAACAAACUUUACCCCGUUGAACUGUCGUGA